GCGUCACCGUUGCUAGGCAACAACUCUUCAGCCGGCUUCUAUCUCUUUCUAACAUGCGUUGAUACACACUUCUCGCGCUUCUCUGGUUUUUCUUGUACACAGGGAAUUCAGGAAGUGAGUCGACGUACUUGUCGCCAUUUUUUACAGUCAAUAAACAAGUCCAGAGUUAAGCAAGUAUUUUUUUUCAGAUUACCUUAUUCUCAGAUUUUCGGCGGCGUGUCGGCGAUAACGAAAGAACACUUCAAGCUACUGAACGGUUUUUCGAAUUCGUUUUGGGGCUGGGGUGGAGAGGACGAUGAUAUGUCAAAUCGUAUCAGACACCAUCAGUUGCACAUCUCCAGGUACCCGAUCACUAUCGCAAGGUAUACAAUGUUGACGCACAAAAAGGAUAAGCCUAGUCCUAACAGAUACGACAUGUUGAAGCAGGGCCAAAAACGAUUCGACAAGGACGGUUUGAACAACCUAAAAUACAAACUUUUGCAGAAAAAACGCAACCUGUUGUACACAUGGAUUUUAGUCAGUAUUAAACCGCCUAGUUGAUAAGCCGUCUUGAUGACUAGAAUAUUAUACUGUCAAUAUGCUGAUAGACACAAAAAAAGCUUUAGGAAGUUUGAUAGGAUAACAGAAAUAUUUUUAUACGUAUAAAAGACAUUUUGUAUAAUGCUCAUUAUGUAGAUGCCAUAAAGCAAGGUAAAAGGCAAAUUGUUCUUUAGGGUAAGAUGUUCAGCUAUUUUGUUAUUUAUUAUAGUCCAGGAAUAAACUUUGCGCCCGCUAUGGAAAACUUCUCAUCCAUUUUUUGCAUAAUUUUAUUCAAAAAGUACUUUUUGCGUCAAAAUACAUUUUUGUAUCAAAUUCCAAAUUUCGCUACUAGCAUACCUUGAAACUAUCAAGUUCAGAGAAACGUUCGUGAGAACCUUCUUUGUUCAGAAUGACUUAUAUACAUACCUGAAAACAAAACCAUGAUAAUGAAGUUUUUGGAAACGGUUGAAAAAAUUGUUUAGACUAUCUUUGACGCUAUCAUCAGAACAUUUUUCUGAGCUGAUGUGAAGAUAUUUCCUGCAAUAAUAUGAUUUUAGAAAAGCAAGGAAUAGAAGACAAGUGUUGUAGAGGUAGUCACGCUCUAACCUAUCGUGGAGAGUCCGCUUUUUUGACAGGGGAAAGCUUUCAUGGCCACUUUCAAGCAAAAAGCUCGAUAGUAGUGCCUUACCGGCCUCUCCUGCUCCAAGUGUGAGAUUCUCCAGAAGCGGCAUAUUCACUAAAACCCCUCAGAGGCUUGCCACACAUCCUGCCACGGCAAUGCUUGCAGCAUUUUUUCAUAAUUGGUAGCUUUACGCUAUGUUUUCCUACCAAGGGUAUUAGUCAUCUACUCUCCAUCGUGUAUAUACAUACAUACCUACAUAUGUUUAACCGAGCAGUAGGAACCUACUGUUGGUUCUAAUUUUUAUCCUCUUUCACCUUCCGGUACCACUUCACUACCGGCUGAAUAUCAACCCAUCUGCCAUUACUUACAUGCAUGGCAAAAUUGUCAGCAGUGAGCCUUUCGUCGAGCGUUAAUUCCAGCUGUCUUGGUAGUCAGUCCAUCUGCUACUUUCGAGUAGAUGAUUAGGAAUAUCCUCCUCUCCGUUGCAAUAUACGCAUUUCGCGUACUCUUUCCUGCCCUCUUUAGGUAGCUGUCAAAACAACCAUGUCCUUUUAAGAACUGUGCAGUAUAUUUGGGAUGCAUCCGAUCUCUCCUGCCGUCUGACAAAUAGCAUCUAGCUUCGGUGCACUUCCUAUAGAGCGCGCAUCGCUCCUCAGUCAGCUGAUCAUUUGGCGGAAUACCAGCCACCACCAGCAGUACAUCGGUCGAGACCGUUCUGUAAGCGCAUACCACUCUGGUUGCUGAGCACUACCUGACUAUAUUUUGUUUUUUCUCAACGCCUUAUUAUACUCGUAGAUAGGGGCAUAAUCGAGCUAGCUACCCCUGCGAAAAUCCUGCGCCUCUCUCUACGGAGCCUCCAUCACAUGGCAUUAGUCGUACCAGGGAUGCAAGGACUUUAUUUGACUUAUGAGUGGUACAUUUUUUUACAUUUCUGUCAAGUCACGCACCCAGAGCUUCGAAUCUCGGCGUUCUUGACGUUAACAGCUAGUGGAGCUAACUUCUGUCUGCCAGAACGUAUAAACACUUGCGUCUUCUCGCGAGCUAAUUUCAAGCCGCUUUCUUCCACUUGGUUCUACUUGCAAUAAUGUAGGCUAAUCUAGAAAGCUAGAAAUAGAUGACGCUGAUUAGGAGGAUAGCGGUUAUGUGUAAGGUUAUAAACAGCUUACCGUUCUACAAACUCUGUCUUUUUUUUCAUCAACUUUUGGCAGUUUGACAGAGGCAAAAUUGGACUUCGCUGCCGUUGCGAGAAUAUAAAGAAAUAAAUACCUAUUCAGUCUAGCUCUUGUUAGAACUAAAUAACAAAGUAGCUGAUACUCUAGACAACAAUGUUAUUUGCCAAAACUGCCUAUAUUUUCGUUUUUGUUACCGCCCAGAGAAGGUAUUGUUUAAUAGAUGUAGAAUGUGUAUAUAACUAGUAUGUACAGGUUAGUAUACAUAGAUGUUUAUUUUCUUUAUAUAUUUUUGUUGUUGGUAAUCUGGCGAAUUUUUUAAUUAUUGGUCGAACUUGCUUUUGGUUUCAAAGAGCGAUUUAGUAGGUUUGUUAUCUACUGCUUAAAUCAAGUAAGAAGUAAAUUGGCAAUGAAUUAAAGAAUCCGCUGGAGAAGAAUGUUAUUUCGGAACUAAGCUUUGAUUAUAGCAUUGAUUAACGUAUUCUUCCUGAAGAUAGACUACGGUAGAUGCACUGGUUGUGGCCAACUUUCAACUUUAUUCAGCUGUAAUUUAUUUAGUAAGUUAGUCCGCCGCUCUCAAAUGACUGAUAUAAUAAUAAUAGGUAUAUUUGUCAAGAGAAAAUUUAUCUAAUUUGAAUUAAAUGGGUCAGACUUACGUAGAUCCAUUAAAAUAGCUGAAAAGAACAGUUUUGCUAGUUGUGGCCACUUAUAGCAGAGACCCACCAGUUGUGGCCAUCACAUUGAAAUAGCUACACACGUUCAGUCUUUCAAACGGUUCUGUGACACCUAAAACAAUACAGUUAACCUAGGUUACUGCAUAUAACAAUGUAUUUUCUAUUGUUAUCCGUUAAGUAAGCAUGACAAUGAUAUCACUUCUCCAUUUCGUCGGAAUCAUAGAUCUGUUUGCCAUGCUAUAGAGAUAAAAACCAAAAUGAACAAGUGCCUAGGUGCUUUAUUUAAAAAAUAAUAAUUUACAUAAACAAAAAGGUAGUUAAAAUAAAAACAUUUGUUUUAGUCAAGAACUACAACUACCUAUUACUAAGUAGGAACAAGAAUUAACGAGUAGUUUUUAGUACCGUAAAAUGAGGCUACCUUGCACCACAUUUUCUAUGUAAUUUUUAUAUCGAUACGAAUAUCCAUCGAAGAGAAGAUAAACUUUUUCUUAGUAUCAAAAUUCAUUAUACGGGCCACAAAUACUUGUAUUUCUAACCAAAUUUUUUGAUGUAAAGUAAAAAAUGUAAUAAAAAGAUGGUGCAAAGUAUACCCAAUGAUGGUUAUACUUUGCACUACUCGAAAUUUUAAUUAUUUUCAGCUACUAAACAGCCACUGGUACAAAGAAAUACUCCGAAAUAUUAAACGUUGCAUUAUGAACGUAAAUUAUUUUGAUACAUUUAUUGUUAUUAUACAUGGGUUGAGUUGACAGUUUUCUCGCAAUUAAAAAAGUAAAAAACAUUUCUGGAGAGUGGAACUUGAAAGGAAUUGUUAUUCUAUUUUUAUUAGUAUUUCUGCUACAAAAUAUUCCCACCAAAACUUGCCGCGCCCUGGAACAACAUAAAAUCCUCGAUUAGAAAUGGGGGAGCUAUAGGCACCAACUACUUUAUCCCAUGUACACACACUUUUACACCUUUGGUGCAAAGUUACCCAUCUAAGUGCGAAGUAACCUCACUUUACGGUAUGUAAAAAAAUGUAUCGACUCAUUAAUAAACAUAAACAAAAAACAAAACUAAGUCUGGUUAAAACAAAUGAACCGUUACACAAAAAAAUUGAAUAAGGCUUCCAUUUAAUGAACUACAUAUAGCCCUCUGGUAAUUAGUGGUUUAUGUUCGUUCAUUUUUAAAACUACAUCUUGUUCUUUGUACCACAAAAGAUCCGUCGAAUCAGGCCAUUUCCAAUGGUUUAAUCCACCAUUUAUCAUUGCACAACAAAAAAAUUCUUUUUCUGGAUAUAGUCCGCUUUCGUAUUUGACUAUUACAUAGUUUCCUAUAUUUAUAGUUUCUUCUCUACCAGUCUUAGCCUCUUCUAUCACAUAAUCUUUGGUCUGUUGCUGUUCAUCGCUUUCAUCCGCACUAUUCCUGGUUCCGUUUUUAGACUUUUUGUCACUUGGUGUAGAAUUGUCUGAAAACUCUCCAUUGUUUUCCUUGUUACUUCGAUUAAUUUUGUUAAAAAAUUUCUAUCCAUUUAACUGAAGUGACCACCGAUGGAAGUGAGAUCUUUUUUCUUUUUGAUUUUCCUGAAGAAUCAUGGGGCCAUGUUUUCACAUCUUGAAGAACACCACCAACUCCCCUUUUUUAAGGAGCCUUACGUCUUUGUCGUUUUCACUUUUUUCACUGUUUUCUGAUGCUGCUUUGCUUACAAUAUUCUGUAAUACAUUGAUUCCUUCCUUUACGUCUUUGUUAACAUUAAGUUUCUUUUCACUAUCUUCAGUUAUUGUAUUUUCAAUGUCGUUGUUAAGUUUGAUUUAAAUUUGAUUUCUUUAAUAUUUACGUCUUUGUCUUCAGUAUCUUCAAUUAUUACCUCGUUAGCGUUGUUAAAUUCCGGAAAGCCAAACAUAAAACAGUCGUCUUCAAUAUUUUAGUAUUCGUUUGAACAGCUAGAUCCCAUCGACAAUUCUGAGUUUCUAAAUCAAUGACUGUUUCUUCUUGAGUUUUAUCUGCUUCCAUUUCUUGGGGCGUUAAUUCAGGUUCUAAAUAUCGAUCCUCUCGUUACCAAAAAUAGUGAGAUGAAUUCGUCGAUUUAAAUUUUGUAGUACACUAAAAAUUUAAAAUGAGACAUUUUGUCAUUUUCAUUUAAAGUUUCCUGAGUGUUUUCCCAUUCUUCAUUAGAAUUUGGCAGGUUUUUGCGCACACAUCUGUCGUAAUGUGGAGCGUUUUCGUCAAAUGGAUAAAGACCACAAACAUGAAAUCCAGAUUUAAUAUCACCUGUAAAAUCUUUGUUGAUCAAAAUUUAAUUUAAUCCAACGAGAAUGCCCUUUUUCUGAAAAUUUCGCACAACCACCUUCUUGCAAUUGUCUUCCAUGCGUGUUUUAACGGAAAAAAGAAAGAAACAUCACGGGGUUGCAGCAAAUGUGUCAUGUUUGGUGGAAGACAGAUUAGGAUUAAAGAUGGCGUGGAGAUACUUUUAGAAUCCAAAAACCUAAUGAAGACAUUUGCAAAGUAUUCAUAAAACUGCUUGCUUUGCAUCCAUCCGAAUCCGAAGUUCCAAUUUCCCAAUUCCUAGGUGCAGCAAUGGCGUAAUUUUUGGGUAAACGUAUAAAUUUUUAACGGCAAUGGCGUAAUUUUUGGGUAAACGUUUAAAUUUGUAAAUUUUUAACGGCGGUGCAAUGGACCCUUCAGCAUUUUCAGCAAGUAAUGUAGUUACAUUGUCUUUAUCGGAUACACCGACAUGGAUACACAUUUUUUCCCUUAGGACCCAGUACAAGAGACUGGCUGAAUAUCGCAUUCUUCUUGUAUUUUUUGAAUAGAGAAACCAAUUUUAUGUUCUAUUUCCAGGCCAAGAGAUCACUUUUCGGCAAUCAUCCUUUGUUUAUCUAUAUCGAACAGAUGUUCUAGAGACAUUGAAUUUCUUAUGGUACGAUUCCACCAAAACAGUGUUCAGCACAUUUGUUUACAAACAUUUUGUGUGAAACUCAUUGAACGUGCUCACUGGUAUCGAAUUUAUCUUCUGUGUCCACCGGCAAAGCAGUGCGUAACUUUUGUAAGCGUACAGUGUAGCACACUUGUGCACGAACAUGUUUACCAAGCAAAGUUCUUGCUAACCUCAGUUCUCAAUAUGGACGGGCAGGAAAACGUAGUGAUUUGUGCUGCAGCUUGUGUUUUAAUAUGUAGUCUGCUUAAAAAGAAACGAAGAAGAAAACCACGAUGUUGGGUGAGGCCUUUUCUACAGCGACGGAAUGAAGAAAUGAAUAGAUUUGUAGAAGAAAUAAAAGUAGAUCCCUUGAGUGGAUUUAAAAAUUUUACUCGUAUAUCGUGUGAAGAUUUUGAGUUACUGGUCAAUGCACUUAGUCCUCAUAUUGCAAAGCAAGACACCAACUACAGAAAAUGUGUCCCUGUUUCAAUAAGGCUAGCAAUUACCCUGAGAUAUCUUGCUACUGGAGAUUCUUUUGCAAGUUUAAUGUAUUUAUUUAAAGUUUCAAAAGAACUUAUUGCUCGGAUUGUACCUGAGACUUGUAAGGGGUUGAUAAGCGUGCUGAAAGAAAACAUUAAGGUAAGAAAGCUAAACCAUAUUUAUUAACAUUUAUUGCUACAUAUCUUGCCAAGUUAAUAUUUCGCUGUUAUGCUGGCGUAAAAGGUCGUCGUCAAAAUCACCAUUGCAGGCUUGAAAACUUGAAAGCGGUACCUGACCUUGUGAGUUUGACGAAUCUGAAUAAGGUGAAGGAAUUCGAGUUGUAGCAUAUUUUCCAGUACCAAUAAUCGCGUCAUACAACAAAUUAUCAAUGUCCCUUUGCACUAAAAUCUUCUUUCGCUCAUUUUUAAUUUUUCUUAAUUUCGUUGCGACGCCUGCGGCAAAAAUGUCAUCAUCGUCACGUUUUCUUGCUUCCAUCUGCUUAUUUACGUUGUCGAUAAUGGACAAAGCAUGGGAAAUUCUCGGGUCUUCGACAGCACGACGUUUCAACGAGUUCUUUGGAGCCAUAAACUUUCCUACUGGCCUUUCAUGAGAUGACUCUUGACUUUCAUUUACUGUAGUAUGUUCUUGUAUUAGCUGAAAUAAUAUUUUCUUUUUCAGAUGCCUAAAACUGCAGAAGAAUGGAUGCUGAUAGAACGUCAAUUUGAAAAACAUUGGAAUUUCCCUCACUGCAUUGGUGCUAUGGAUGGCAAACAUAUUGUUAUACAAGCUCCAAAUAAUACUGGAAGUGACUUUUUUAAUUACAAAGGCGAUUUCAGCAUUGUAUUUUUGGCAUUGGUUGAUGCAAAUUAUAAAUUCACGUACGUAGAUGUCGGUUGUAGAGGAAGAAUAUCGGAUGGUGGUGUUUUCAAAAAUUUCAACUGCUUGAAUAAAUCUUAUCAUUUGAUCAUUCGUCCAGUCCAUUUUUAAUUUCGUAAAAAAAGUGCGCGUACAAACAAAUGUUUUCACUCCAGGAGUGGAAGCAACACUUUGUUCGCGAACAACAAGUAUGUACGCGCCGACGCGAGUCCACUGCUUGUAUGUGCGCGCACAAAAGUAACUGAUGUGUACGCGAACGUUUCCGAAAUGUUCGCGCACAAUUUGCUAUUGUUUGCGUGAGAGAGUCGACCAGAAGAAACAUUUGUGCUGUACACUGAGCAUUAGAGUGCCGCACAGUUCAGCACACUGGUGGAAUCGCAUCUUUACAUGCCGUCGAAACGGGCGUAGACUGAUGUCGGAUGGCAUUAAGUGCAUUUUGCAUGGCACUUUCCGAAUAUUGAAAUAAUUUGCGGGGAGCGAUAACUUUUCUGAAACAAUAAAAUUUCUGCUAUUAGGUACUCCUUUUCUACCUUGUUUGUAUUAAAUUUUGUCAUCUCUUUCUCCUUUGUGCCACACCUGGUUUCUAAGACCAAGACCACAACUGGCACAGAACGCACCUUUUAAUCUCAUGUUGUAGCCACUAUUAUUUUAAUUAUAUUUAUGGGUUAAAUAUCUACUUCAAACUGUGAAAAUAAUAUGGAAAAUUCCUUUAUCAGUCAAAUAACAUUUAUUUUGAGUAAAACUUACUGUUGAAAAAACCCCGUAACCGACAAACUCAAUAAAAUACGCAGGCGUAAUCAAGAUUGCAAUAAAUUAACUUAUUGGCCAGGUUGAAAAUGACUUAAUAUUUUAGAUUUAUUUCGUGGAUGGCCACAAACGGUGUGAAGGCAAUAUAUACUGUAUUCCGGCAUUAAAAAGGGCCUAGCGCUAUCUCUGAGAUAGUAGCAGAAGACAAAAAUGAACGCUCUCGGACGAGAGCUUGAUCACUCUCGAUGCACGGUCGCAUAGUUGCAUCGACGUUAGGCUAGAAAGGUGUUCUAGUUACGAGGGCUUUGCAUUAUUUUAAUCGGAUAUUUUCAGGCAUUGAUUGUCAUAUUUAACCUGAAGAUGCUCAAUUAAAAUAAGGCAUUAGGGAGGUGCCACGAAGUAUUGAAGAUCCACCGCCAUCUAUGAAACAGUAGUAGGGCCACACACUUCAACUCUUUUCAGAAUUUGUUUUUGUGUUCCAUUAUGGUCUCAUCUCACUACGAUCUUUCAGAACCCUUUUUGGAGUAUAUGGUUCGAUAUAUUCAGGUAGAAUAUGUUUAUCAAUGUGUAUAGUCAUUUUAAUUUCUUCAGAGCUACAUUGUGUUUACUAUAGCUUGCCUCUCAAUUUGUAGAUGACGAACUGUUGUAUCAAUUACAAGUUAGAGAAUAUUUUAGUAUACAGAGUAAUCCACUGAUCGAGAAAUAGAUGAUUACAAAAAUGAUCGGCAUCGAAAAUGACAAAACAAUUGCUAACCUUAACGCCAAACCACUCGUGACUAUCAAGUUACGCAAAAAAGUUAAAAACUAUGGUUGCUGGUUGGCUAUGUAAUAAGUGAAAUUUUGUAUAUGGACUAACAACUAAAUGUAUCCUAUGGAAACCAUGUUUCUACCUAUACAUAUACGUAGAUUUCAUACUAUUUUUUAUUAUAGGAUCUAGCUCUUACCUUUUUCUAGUCAUGAAAAGUAUCUACUACGUAGUAGAGAAAUGACACUGCUGUUAUGGUAGCAUUCAGGUUAAAUAGAAAAAAAAGAAAAUUCUAUCAUACCUUUCAACAAUUAAUGUUCCUCGAAUUUGGAUUGAAAUAAUCACUCGUAAAUACUUAACAACUGAGCAAAAUUCACUAUUAAAGAUGCUACAAAAUGAAAAAAGGAAACUAUGCACUCUGAAAAGCCCUCUUUAAACCGUUGUACAGUUCGCAAGAUCAUUGGAUGCAAGUUCUUGCAGUUGCAAGACGGCCGUGUUGUGUUGCUUCAAACGAGCAAGGUUAGCCAAGCUAAAUGAAUGUCACACUCCUAACCUAUAAUUUUGAUUGUUUGCCCUAAACUCGCACUAGAUAUGCAUUCGUGACUUGAAAGUUAGUAACUAUUCGGCCAGAACUGCAGUCAAACUUGCAAUAAAAAUCCAAUUAAUUGAUCAUAAAGGCCCUGGCAGUUGCAAGAAAGAAAAAUAGAACGAAUCAGCUGUUGUUAGAGCGCAUGCGUCUGACCAACAUUUCUCUUGCUCUUCCUGACUAUAAAACGGGUAUAAGUGUAAACACACAGUGCACGCGAGAUUCUCGCUUACCGGUAGUCGAAGCAGAUUGGCGCCUGUUUCUCGCGCCGAGAUAGCACAGAGUGGAUGCCGGUAAAAGCGAGGAAAAUCAUUUUAAAAACUCGCUAGUCGCGUUCUUUAUCUAUUCGCAGCAACAUGUCGUCUUCUGAUGAUGAUCUGAUUGCUUUAGAGUCGAUUUCUACCAAAGUAAGAAGGAAAAGGGUUGGAAUACAUUCUAUUAAUCGUGAAAGAAUAACUUAUGGAGAAUACCAUCAUUUAUUUCCAAGCUUGAAGAAAGAUGAUAAAAGAUUCUUCCAGUAUAUGAGAAUGAGCCAGGACACAUUCAAUUAUAUUUUGGAGAAAGUUGGGAAUCGUCUAACCAAAAAUUGGUGUAAUCUGCAUAAGCAACCUAUAUUACCAGAAGAAAGGCUUGUUAUAACUUUAAGGUAAGUUUUCUCGUGAAAAAAUAAUCAGAAUCAUUUUCAAAGUAUCAUACUCAUUCAGUAAUGGCCUGUUGCGCCAGCACUAGUUCUACUUAACUUGAGAUUAGACGUAAAAUUAGUUCAAUUUGUAGAUUUCUGUUGCACAGGCUUAACUUGAACUGUGAGUUUUGUGAGUUUAAACAUCGUUUUAGUCUGAGGGUUUGUUUAUACGUUUGUUUUUUGGUCGAUUUCCUGCCUCGUGAUCGAAUCUUUUCUCUAAACGUGAAUCAAUUGCAGCGUAAAAUGAAAUAACAGUUAGAUACUUACAAAUAUUGUUUUAUUGAUUUUAUCAGUUGUACAAUAAUAUUGAGUCAUGGAUGGAUACCAUUUUCUGGUAAUGAUAAAGAUACAUAAGUUGUAUUUUGCUGUUGGUUAUUAUCAAGGAGCCUAGAAACAGUAGCGGGAAGACUUUGAAACAUGACUGAUGGUUGGUUUAAGGGAAUGGACGAAUGCGUAGUUUCUUGUAUGUUAUGAUAGUUGGGAGAAGGCGCGCAGCUAUUCUGAUCUAUGUUAUGAGGAGAAGGCGCACUACAAUGGGAUGAUGCAGAAGAUGACAGAUGAGAAAAGGUGUUAUGUUGGUAGGAAAAUUGAUCCACUAAUUCUUGCACGCGGGAACGGAAACAUAAUAUUCUGUUUGCAGGUAUUUGCCUUACAUGUGGAAGCAAACUUUUGAAAAAUGACAUAUGCUCGUCAUCUUGAUCACUGCAACCUCUUUUGGCCUUAUUUUCGAGAUAUUCCACUUUGCGUUUUUCUAUUUCCAGCAUUGAUUCUUGAUAUGCAUCGGUAGCAGUUCUCCUUUUUCUCUGUGCCGUAAUGGAUGCUGAGGUAGGAUUCGUUUUCCUUGAAAUAGGAGUAGGCGGUACCACGCAACCUUCACUUUCUCGAGAAGACUCUUCAUUAUCGCUAUUCUCGUUCGAAGAUUGAAUUUCUUCUGUCUCCUGUGUGGACUGAGCUGACUGCAUCAUCGAUAAAUUGCCGCUGGCUGCCCUCGGUUUGAUCACGUCCUUCAGGAAAAGAAGUUGUGUGAAAUACGGCCAUUUGGAUGUAGGAAGAUCUUCGGCAGCGUCUCCAGACCUUGGCGGGGGGAGUUUUCCUAAUUCAACGGAGAACUGGUCCCGCAAAUACUUCCAUUGCUUUCUGAUCUUGGCCUCUAAAAAAUAAAAAUAGAAUACUUCUAGGUAUCUACAACUUUCUUCAUGACAGUCACAAUCACAGUUUACAAAAUUAAGCCCGUGUUAAUUAAAUUGUAAUGAAGUCAUGAGUAUUUUUUUGACUUUUAUCCUGAUUUAAUUACAGAUAUCUAGCAACUGGAUCAUCAUUCAAACAAAUUGGAUUUUCGUUUAGACUUGGCUACAAAUACACCUAGGUACUUACCAUCCUGUUUUAUUUCAAUGCUUAUUUCCUUCCAGUAUCUGUCAACCACAUUGCGAUUGCUAUGUAGCUUAUCCCUCUUGUUCCAAAUAGCUGUUCUUUCAAACACCGCAGCAAUAAGCAAUUCUUUAUCCAUCACAAUAUACUACUCACUCGCGCGACAAAAGCCGAAAUAAACUAAAUUUUGAAUACCGUGAGCGCCUGCGAGCAGGUUAUCCGCGCGGACCUGCUGCAACCUGUUUUCACUGUGUGUACGUUCAUAUGAAUACACGUGAUAAUUCUUAAAGCGAUAAACGCGAGAUGGCGCAGGUUACCGGUAAGCGAGAAUCUCGCGUGCACUGUGUUCUUACACUAAGGCGCCGUUUUUCAAUCACAGGGUAACUCUCUAUUUUGGUAACUAUAACCUGGAGGUUAACUAUAGGUUACCCGUGAAUUCGUUUUUCAAGUUCUGGUUAACUAACCAUUAAUUGUUGAUGUAGCAACGCUGCAUUUGCGUCUGAACUGUCACGUUCUGUAAAUUCCGUGCAGGAUUGCCAUAUUGGAGGAUUUCCCCCAAAUUUGGGAUAUAUUUACCUUCGAUGGGGAAUAAAAUGUUCUGGGGCAAAAAUAAUAUCGUUGGAUAUUUUUGAGGUAUUUUACUCAAUCUUUAACUACAAAAAACUGCACAGGAGGUGAGCAGGGGUCUAUUGAACGUACGAAAAACAAGGUACGCAGAAAAAACAGGACCAAAGUUGUCUUCUGUUCUGGGGGAGUUCUUUUUGAUCUAUCUGGCAACUCUGAUUUCGUGAAGAUCGGUGUACGUGUUUCAUGUCAUCUGUGAGAACUCAUUACUGUCAAGCCGAAAAGGUUAGACACUACGGUUUAACUACACCUUAUAAUUCAACCGAUAGAUCGUCCUCCGGAUAAAGUGAACUACUCGUACCAUUUUCGGAUAGACUUGAUAUUUAAGACCGUGUUCUGAGAGUUAACUUCCAGUUAGCAGUAAAAUAGAGUUAAGCUGCGAUUGAAAAAUCGGGCAUCAUGGUCAAGAUUAAUUUCAAAAUACGCAGUAGUGUUCUAGCACAAAAAAUAAGUAUUUUUUUCUCUGGAAACGAACAAAACAGAAAAGCACACUGUAUUUCAAAAAAAUAUUUAAUCGCUCUCUCUAGCAACAUUUAAAAUUGAACUUGGUAUUUAGUACCGAAAUUCAGUAUGUCUAACAUACAUUUACAAAAAAAUAUGAGUGAGAUUAAACUAUAGCUUAGGUAGGUGCCAAAGUACACAAUUAUAUUGUUUAUAUUUUUCCUACAUUGGUGGAAAUACAACACGUUGAUGUUUCUAUAUAUGACACUGUUUGUUAUUUUUUUCACAGUUCCUUUAAUAAUGAUUUGUCCCAAUUUUUUGGCUGUGAAACAAAAAUGGUUCUCUUAUUCCGAAAUUCGAAUACAAAAGUGAACUGGUAAGUCAUUUGAAUAAAGAGUCCAUAUUGUCGUGAUUUGUUCGUUUUACUAAUAUGCUUUUGAUAUUUGAAGAUUCAUUUUCCACAGGAGGCCAAAACACUUCUUGUUUCCUGGGUACCUGCUUUCCUAACUAUGCGGCAAUAAUAUCGUCCCUAGUCAAUUGUACCACAAUGUACAUUGAAGACGACUUCGGCGUCCCAUCCUAACCGUGUCAAACUUCGUACAUCCAGAACUGGCCGAUACGACCGCUCCUUUGUCCCGAGGGUGUCUAGAUUGUGGAACAAUCUACGGGCGGAAGCUUUUCCCAGUUCUACCAAUCUUAGGCAGUUCAAAAAUCGUAUUAACAAAAUUUCUUUGGGAUCAUCAUAGCAGCCGCGGUGUUCCGGCAUUUAGGCUUCUGCCUGCGCGGCUGUUUCGAUAUAAAAAAAAGCCAUUAUGAUGUCCAAACUCAUAGAUUUAUAAAACAAAAUGCCCGAACCAUUGCCAAACGGUGAACACGCAUUGAGCUUGGGCAUCGUUCAAGCUCACUGCCAAGCAUAAUCAUGCUUCUUCGCUCAUGAUCGGGUGAAUGAUAUACGAUUACAAAAUUUGAAUUUUUACCACGCUUGAUUACAAAGAUUUUAGUAAAGCUUGUUUAUCGUUAUACAGACGAGUUUCUAAUAAAUAUGUUAUUUACGGGAAUAAAACAUGAUGUAAGAUAAAUAUCUGGAAUACCAUUAUUAGAAAAGAUAUAUUUAUUCGAAGAAUUCCUGAUACUUUUUAUAAAUAACAAUAAAGCAGUUAUUAAUAUUUGAAUAUCUAGUUUACCUUACAAUUCAUUGAAAGACUAUAUUUUCGUUGUAGUUAAGUGUUGAUUUUUCCAUAUUGUCUGCCCUAAAAAUGAGAGCCGUUCAAAUGACGUUUUGUCGUCAUAAGAAUGGCGUCAAUAAAGACGUCUUUUUUUAGUCAAUGGCGUUUCCGACCAAAAAUGACCGAAUAAUGACGUAAUUUUGGCGUCAUGUUCACUGGAAUACUUCUUGUGACAUUUUUUAUUUAAAUGACUUACCAGAGGUCAGUCUGUGUAUGUACUUAACCUGUAUCCAGACCCCUUUUCGUAAUUUUAAGCUUCUUUCCUAGUCGAGCUUUCUAAUGUUUCGACAACAAACUAAAAAAAGACAAAUUACAAAAGGUAUAUAUUUUAAAUGUAAACAACAUGUAAAGCAUAAAACAUUUGUGAUAAUGAAUAAAAUAUUUUUUUUUUCAAA